AUGCCGCCUGAUAGACGCCUUCUUGAUCCACUGCUAAACUGGCCUAUUCCCAUAGUCACUCGCCAGACAGGCCCUGCCUUGGAGGAAGCUGACCAUCUUCAGCGGCUUCGAUAUAUGGCCACAGGACAGCCGGUUCGUUCGAUGAUGGACAUGACUUCGAGUUUGAACCAGGCCCUGAAUCAACCAGGCAUACUUUCACCUCUCAACGAUCCGUACUCGAUUCAUUUCCAUAAUGGCUUGCCUGUCCCUGACACUAGAAACCGUGCAAACCCUCAAGUAACGAGGGGUUACCUUCUGCCUCUCUCCUCACGACAGGAGAAUUCUGGUCUUAACAGCCACAAUGCUAGCAAUAGUAACAACAAUAGUUCAAACCAGCAGCACCAGCAAGGAGGAGACCAGGAUGGAUCUACCGGUGCAUCCUCACCUUUCCUUGAUUCAUACCCUAUGUCUGGAUUCACAUCACCUCAGCAGGACCAUGCUCACCCUAGUGAGGAUAAUCAGUUUGGAUUUCCCCAUGCUGGCAGCCAGGCACCAGCAAGACCUGGAUACAACGCCUACAUGCACCAGGGCCAUAUAACUGUAGGGCCUUCUGAGUAUCCAAUGGAACUGAGCCCACCGAUCCAUCAAGCCCAGCUACAGAACAUACCAUGGAUCCACAAUGGCAAUGCCGAGAAUGACCUGAACCAUACAUCUCUGCCUACAACCAGCUCAGCGACUGAUCCUCUAUCAUCAGUCCAGACGAGCACUCAAGGGAGCCAUCCAUCUGUUCCCUCCGUUGCCACUCCUCCGUCGUUGCUCCAGCGCCGCCGCAGCGCGCACGUCAUGUCCUUGGAGAACCUAGACCUCCCUGCUCGUGAAUACCGGGUAGGCAGUGAUGGAGUUACCCGCCGUCGGGUCCGUAUGAGACCACUCCGCGUAUCUCCUGCAUCUUCUUCCACCCGGCAACCAGAGACCAGCUCUCGCCAACUCCAGCCCCCUACUUCUACGGCUUCUUCUGCUACUACCAACCGUACCACUUCCCCACCCGCUCCGCCUCCAGCCCGGCCCAGUUAUGGGGAGGGAUAUCUCACCAACCUAACAGCGGACACAUAUAUGGAUACCAUUAACCGUACCAUGGAGACAACAGACUAUCCGAACCGAGUGUACUUGACACGACAAGAGCGCGAGGCCAGAAGACGAAUGAUAGCCGAAGAUCUGCUGCGUCCAAAGGAGACUGGACUGGAUACCAAACUGGACGCCAGACCGGAGCCUAAAGAUUCAGAGAGCCUGGUAAUCAAUAUGGAGUGCAAGGCCAGGGACGAUGCGGAGGCUGCCGGCGUCGUGCCCGAUAUGUCGUAA